AUGAGCCUGGCUUGGAGCGCUGGCCGCGCCUGGAGUCGGCAAUCGUACGCUGCUCCCCCAGCCGCAGCAAAGACUCCGCCGUCUGAGCUCGAGGCUCGUAUCGCUGCCAUCCCGAUCGAGCGGUAUCGCAACUUUUGCAUCGUUGCGCAUAUUGACCAUGGCAAGAGUACGCUGAGCGAUCGGUUGUUGGAGUAUACGGGCACGAUAUCGGCUAGCGAUGCGAAUAAGCAGAUUCUGGAUAAGCUUGAUGUGGAGAGGGAGCGUGGUAUUACUGUCAAGGCGCAGACUUGUACCAUGAUUCAUAACCACGAGGGCGAGGACUACCUUUUACAUCUUGUCGAUACUCCCGGCCACGUCGAUUUCCGCGCUGAAGUCACUCGAUCAUAUGCCAGUUGCGGUGGUGCCUUGCUGCUUGUGGAUGCGACGCAGGGUAUCCAGGCGCAGACUGUGUCCAACUUUCACCUUGCGUUUGCGCAGGACCUCGCCUUGGUUCCCGUGGUCAACAAGAUCGAUAUGCCGGCUGCGGAUAUACCCCGUGUGCUUGAGCAGAUGCAGAACAGCUUCGAGUUGGAUCCUAAGGAUGCCAUCAUGCUGAGCGCAAAGACGGGCAAAGGUGUGCCGAAUGUGCUGCCUGCUGUCAUUGAGCGGAUUCCCCAUCCUGUGGGUGAUGAGAAGAAGCCAUUGAAGAUGCUGCUCGUGGAUUCAUGGUAUGACAACUUCCGAGGUGUUGUCUUGCUGGUGAGACUCUUUGACGGAACCAUCAAGACCGGCGACAAUGUUAUAUCUCUUGGUACGGGCAUGAAGUACACAGUUGGACAGGUGGGCAUCCAAUAUCCUCACGCCACGCCGACAAAGGUCCUCCGCGCUGGUCAAGUCGGAUACGUCUACUUCAACCCCGGAAUGAAGAAGAUCCAAGAUGCCAAGCUCGGCGACACCUUUACCUUUGUUGGCGCUGAAGACAAUGUUGAGCCCUGUCCUGGCUUCGAGGAGCCCAAGCCCAUGGUCUUCGUCGCUGCGUUCCCCACAGAUCAGAGCGACUACAGUCGAUUGGCGGACAGUAUCAACCAGCUUGUGCUCAAUGACCGCAGCGUCACGUUGCAGAAGGACUUUUCUGAGGCGCUGGGAUCGGGUUGGCGUUUGGGAUUUCUGGGAAGCUUGCACUGCUCCGUGUUUCAAGACCGUUUGAGACAGGAACAUGGAAAGAGCGUCAUCCUCACGGAACCGACUGUGCCGUCCAAGAUCAUCUGGCCCGAUGGUUCCGAAGAGGUUGUGCAGAAUCCUGCCUUGUUCCCUGAUGUGAGCCAUCCCCGGAUCAGGGGUGCUCAGCUGUUUGAGCCUUUUGUCACGGCUACUAUCACCAUGCCUGAGGAGUAUCUCGGUCGAGUCAUUGAGCUGUGCGAGGCCAAUCGUGGAGAACAAAAGAGCCUCGAGUUCUUUCACACGACGCAGGUCAUCCUGCAGUAUGAGAUUCCGGCAGCUCAACUAGUUGAUGAUCUUUUUGGAAAGCUCAAGAGCGCAACCAAGGGAUAUGCUACUCUGGAUUAUGAGGAUUCGGGCUGGCGACAAAGUCACCUGGUCAAGCUCCAGCUUCUUGUGAAUAGGCAGCCAGUCGAUGCUAUCUGCCGUGUUGUGCACUCAUCGCAGGUUGACCGUCUUGGACGCCAGUGGGUGACCAAGUUCAAAGAGCAUGUCGACCGUCAACAUUUCGAGGUCGUCAUCCAAGCCACGGCUGGAAACAGAAUCGUGGCAAGAGAAACAAUCAAGCCCUUCCGCAAGGACGUGCUCGCCAAGCUCCAUGCCGCUGAUGUCUCCCGAAGACGCAAGCUGCUGGAGAAGCAGAAGGAAGGUAGAAAGAGGCUGCGUGCCAGCUUCAUGUCUAGAUGA